CUGUUUAACAUAACAAUGGUGUCAAGCAGCUUAUGACUGGCUCGGAAAGCAGCUUUAACAGUAUUUUGAUACUUGUUUAAAAGGCGUGUGCUCGGAGGCGUGUUUUUUAUUAGUUUGUCCUUGUAACCGGUCCGACAGCGUUUUAAGUCACCUGAGAGAAGACGAGACGAAACUGCAUGAGCUCAAAGUCCUUACCGCUUGUCUUUUCCCUCGCUCCGAGGCGGGUGUAGUACGUUUUUCCUUGUUGAUUAAGUUUUUUACUCUUUUUUUUAAUUUUGCCGUGUGGAAAAGCCAGGCUGGUGUUUUGUGUGCGUCAGGUGGCCCCGUUUGGAGGCGGCAGACAAUCCCCGGACAGACGCUAACAUUUGGAACAACACUGACAGUCAUCGACUCAAGCCUCGGGGAGCUGCGCCAUGCCUGUGCGACAGAAAGAUGCUCAAAGAGCCCUAGAGCUACUCCAGCAGUACCGGACAAAAUUAGAUCAGAGGCAGCAGAACCGGAGCCAAGUUAAACAGUGCCCUGUUGAGGAAGAUGACCAGUUGAAACAGUCAUUGGACCGAGUCAUCAAUGUUUUCCAAAGUCAGCUCUUUUGUGCCCUGCUUGAUAUUCAGGAGUACUAUGAAUUCACACUUGUUGCUGACAGCCAGUGUUCACCCAAUCUAAUAGGGGACACAGGGACACCACCCUCCUCUGAAAAUGUUUUAUCAGAAAAUUCUGCUCUGCCAGUGCCCGCCUCUGGUUCCAGGACCACUGUAACCAACGCUGGGACAUCCCAGCCCAAACACAUAUCUCCAAUACCCAAGUGUAUCAAGUCCCCUGCGCCUCAAAUUCCAACACCCACAAAGAAGCCUCUUUCCGCUCCACCACAGUCACAAUCACAAACAGCCAAAGUCAAAAACCGUGCCCCGCCUCCUCCAAUACCGGAUGGAUCUUUUAAGUCCAAAGGAGCUGACAUUUGUAAGCCCUCGUCCCCAUUUGCUUCUCCUACUGCAGUUAUAGAGAAAGGUGUGGCAUCCUACACUGUCCCUCCAUUAUUAAAAACACAGAAUCAGAUCUCGCCAAACGGUGCAAACACAUCUCAAGAUGCCAACGAAACCAGUGUUUCUUCAGAAUUUUCCUCAUCAGUUGUUGAUAAACCAAAAAAUUCUACCAGUCCAGCUGAUCAGGCGACUGUUUCAAGCCUCGCCAUUGGCACACUUCAAGGCUUCAUCGCUUACACUACUCCCGAGAAUGCCACUCUUCACAGCAGCCCAACUAACCUUACAGUCACAGGCGCUACCCUCUUUGCAUUAACUGAAGACCCAGGCUCAGGCAAAAACCAAGACUCAUGUAAAAACAGUCCCAAAACAAGUCCGAUGACUCCCAGUCAAGGAAAGUUUACAUAUUGCACCCCCAGUCCUAACAGUCCUUCUGGGCUACAACACAAAGGAUCCCAUGAGAGCUCUGGUGCAGGCAGCCCUGCUCCAGCUCCAAGCCCAGGACCCAAGAAGUAUCGAUACACAGAAGACGAAGGGGCUUCGCUAAGUGCACCACAAUUUCACCAGCAUACCUGUCUUCAGCACCCUAUGGGAGUUACCAGAGAGCUGACUGAUGGAGGGACUCUAGGGAGGGAAGGGAUGGAUCAGGGGACCUGGAGAAGAGAGGGGGAGGGAACUGGAACUAUGGAAAGAAAUUUAGGAAGAGACAUGCAGAGAUCCCUGAUCAGGGAUGGAUCUCUCAGGCGGCACUGUAAUCUCCACGGGGCGGAGCUGGUUCAGGUUGCAGAGCGACAGCUAUCGCAGAUUCAGCAUGUCCAUGGAUACGUUACCCACACACACAUCGAACCUGCUCAGGAAGAAUCUCCAGAAGCUCCAUUUGAUGGUGAGGUGUGGCCUUACCAACAAGGGGACAAUAUGAAUGAAGCCCUAUUCCCACCAUUCUCAUCCCUCUAUUCUAAAAGCCAUGCCCACUACAAGGCCAACCCCACUCCCGUCGUGGUCAACACAGACAGUGUCGACACCCCCCCAUAUGUCAACGGAACAGACGCGGACUAUGAAUAUGAGGAAAUCACAAUGGAGCGGGGUAACUCUGGUUUGGGAUUCAGUAUUGCAGGAGGAACUGAUAAUCCUCAUAUUGGAGAAGACCCGUCCAUCUUUAUUACCAAGAUUAUACCAGGAGGAGUCGCCGCCCAGAAUGGACGACUCAAGGUGAAUGACUGUAUAAUCCGAGUAAAUGAGGCAGAUGUCAGGGAGGUGACCCACAGUGGGGCCGUGGAAGCAUUGAAGGAGGCUGGAGGUCUGGUCAGACUGUGUAUACGACGCAAGAGGAACCACAACGAUAGAAUCAUGGAUAUAAAGCUAGUAAAAGGUCCUAAAGGGUUAGGAUUUAGUAUAGCUGGUGGAGUUGGAAAUCAACACGUUCAAGGGGACAGCAGUAUCUAUGUGACAAAGAUCAUUGAGGGAGGAACCGCACAAAAAGAUGGACGACUGCAGAUAGGGGACAAACUUGUUGCUGUUAAUGGCUCUUGCUUAGAGGAAGUAUCUCAUGAGGAAGCAGUGGCCGUCCUGAAGUCCACACCUGAUGUUGUUUAUCUCCGUGUGGCCAAAAACUCCUCUGUAUUCAUCAAUGAAAACUUUCCCCCUCCUGAUGUCACCAAUUCCUAUUCCCCGCAUCAGGACAACCACAUAAGUCCCUACAUGAGCGGGAGCCAGUCUGUGAGCCCUGCCCCACUGACCACACCCAGAUACUCACCAAUGCCCAAGUCCAUGACUGUAGAUGAUGAUGUCACAAGGGAACCCAGGCGUCUGAUCCUCCACAGAGGAUCUGCAGGUCUCGGUUUCAACAUCGUUGGAGGGGAAGAUGGAGAAGGAAUCUUCAUCUCCUUCAUUCUGGCUGGUGGUCCUGCUGAUCUAUGUGGGGAACUUCACAAGGGAGAUCGAAUCCUCUCAGUGAAUGGGGUAGACCUGUCUAGUGCAACACAUGAGCAGGCAGCUGCAGCUCUAAAGAACGCGGGACAAACUGUCACUAUUGUUGCACAGUAUAGACCAGAAGAGUAUAGUCGUUUUGAGGCUAAGAUCCAUGACCUGAGGGAACAGAUGAUGACCAGCAGUGUCAGUUCCAGCUCUACAUCACUUCGAUCCACUCAAAAACGCACACUUUAUGUCAGGGCGUUGUUUGACUAUGACGGAAGUGCUCCAGACCUGAGCAUCCCCAAUCAGGCCCUGCCUUUCCGUUUUGGUGACAUCCUUCACCUGAGCAGUGCUGGUGAAGAAGAGUGGUGGCCCGCACGCCAUCUCAGCCCGCCGCCCCCAAACUGCCCUGAAGUUGGAGUCAUCCCCAGCCGCAGAAGGGCAGAAAAGAAGGAGAGGUCCAGGUUAAAGACGGUCCGGGUGAUGAGGCCUCAAGAUAGAUCAGAUCAGGAUGAAAAAGAGCUGGUAACCUCUGUCACCAGCGAUAAUGAGAGUAGUUCCUCUGGCCAGGAGGACACCUUCCUAACCUACCAACCAGUCAUGCAACAGGAAGUGAAUUAUACACGGCCUCUUAUCAUCCUUGGGCCGAUGAAAGAUAGGGUGAACGAUGACCUCAUCUCUGAGUUUCCUGACAAGUUUGGCUCCUGUGUCCCACACACAACUCGUCCACGUCGAAACUACGAAGUGGAUGGCAGAGAUUAUCACUUCAUGUCCUCCAGGGAGCUCAUGGAACAAGAGAUCCAGGAGCACAAAUUUAUCGAGGCGGGACAAUAUAACAACCACCUGUAUGGAACCAGCAUACAGUCUGUCAAAGAAGUUGCUGACAAGGGUAAACACUGUAUACUGGAUGUAUCAGGGAAUGCUAUAAAACGUCUGCAGUUGGCAGGGCUCUAUCCCAUCGCCAUCUUUAUUAGGCCACGCAAUGUUGACAACAUUUUGGAGAUGAACAAGCGUUUUAAUGAAGAGCAGGCAAGGAAGUCCUAUGACAGAGCAGUUAAACUGGAGCAGGAGUUCACAGAAUAUUUCACUGGGUUUGUCCAUGGCGUGUCUCUAGAAGAAGUGUAUUCGCAGGUGAAACAAAUCAUUGAGGAGCAGUCUGGGCCUUACAUCUGGGUGCCCACGAAGGAGCGGCUCUGAGUAAACACAACUCACACUACAAGUUUGUACACAACUUUGGCAACACUAUCGGCCUGUUUGUCCACUUCCUCACUCAUACCUCCAGGUUCACACACACACACAAACACAAAUAUUUACACAAGCACAUUAAGCGGGAUGAGGCUGGGACUAUCUGGAACUCCCGCUUUUUCAGAAGGGAGGAGCUUAUGUCUCUCAAGCAGCCCAUUGGUGGAUCUUCCGACAGCUCAGUUCCUUAAUGUUUAAGGACGUGGUUCAAAUCAAGGCGACAUUAUCUGAUUUAUUGAUUUCAUUGUUGUUCUAACUGUUGUUGCUGUUGUUGUUGUUUUCAUAUUUACAAAGGGUAAUGCGUUCACAGUAUGAGUUGGUAAUGAUAUGAUUGUCACCAAGAGUCAGACUUUCGCACGCUGUAGCUUUAAGAGCAUGUUUUCAGGGAGACAAAAUCUUGAUCUCCUUCCCUUUGUGUCUGUCUUUCUCCAUGGCAUUGCUCCACUUUAUACUGAAAUAUCUGUUGGACUCUUUCUCUUUAUUUUUCUCUCAUAUCUCACCACUUCCCUGCCAGGCUGCCUCAAAAGUUUUAAUUAAAUAAGAGCUGAAAUUUUAUCGUAUGUCCUGGCAUUGUGGCAUGAAGGGCCUAGAUAAAAAACAUAGUAGUACUUUAAAAAUGUAGCAUCACUAUUAACACAGAACAAAUAUUAGCUAAUGAGGCUGCAUUAAGCGUGUACAAUAUUAAGUCUUAACUUUCAUGUUGGAUCAUGUAAGCCUAAAGUGGUUGAGUCCAUAUUGUUCAGACAAUAAGAGUGGGUAAGAGAAUCGAGAACACAGUAUGUUCCCUCUUUAGUUUUAAUGAACAUUUUGGUAAAUCCAAGUCCGACCUCCCGGGUUUACGUUACUCGGUUGAGUCUAAAUCCAAUUUUUGCCUUUUCUCCUCUUCUUUUAUAUGAACAUCCUUAUUCCUAUAUUAACCCCACUUGGGCAAUUUAGUGAUAAUACGUUGUUACAGACUACUGUACAAGUAUGGUUAUACUAUUUUUUUGUCAAAUCAGAGUAGUCUAAUCAAUAGACUCAUAAUGAUAAGUUAUAUUAUUCUGGGGAUGUAUUACGUAGAAAUGUCAUUUAAAAAGAAUUUUGGUGCCGAUAUUGAAAUCGAUCCGAUACCAUCAAAAUAAGUAUUGGAUUUAUCGAUUUUUAUCUAAAAUCUCUGAUAUAAGCACUGUGAUACAAGCAGUGCUGCAGUGUGUUUACAUGGGCAAAGCUGGACAGUCAGUUAACAUCUAAAUGUCCUCGAAUAUUGCCAUGCGAGGAGAUGGUGACUUUUCUAGGGUGUACACCGCCUUCCGCUCGAUUGUAUCUGAGAUAGGCACCAGCGCCCCCCGCGACUGCAAUGGGAAUAAGCGGUAGAAAAUGGAUGGAUUGAUGUCCUCGAAUAAGCACACAGAAUUGGUAUUUUCUUGUAUUUUAGUGAAUUAAUUUACCAUAUUUUUCGGAGUAUAAGUCGCUCCGGAGUAUAAGUCGCACCCGAUGAAAAUGCAUAAUAAAGAAGGGAUAAAACAUAUAUAAGUCGCACUGGAGUAUAAGUCGCAUUUUUUGGGGAAAUGUAUUUGAUAAAACCCAACACCAAGAAUAGACAUUUGAAAGGCAAUUUUAAAUAAUUAAAGAAUAGUGAACAACAGGCUGAAUAAGUGUACGUUAUAUGACGCAUAAAUAACCAACUGAGAAGGUGCCUAGUAUGUUAACGUAACAUAUUAUGGUAAGAGUCAUUCAAAUAACUAUAAUAUAUAGAACAUGCUAUACGUUUACCAAACAAUCUGUCACUCCUAAUCGAUAAAUCCCAUGAAAUCUCAUACGUCUAGUCUCUUACGUGAAUGAGCUAAAUAAUAUUAUUUGAUAUUGUAUGGUAAUAUGUUAAUAAUUUCACACAUAAGUCGCUCCUGAGUAUAAGUCGCACCCCUGGCCAAACUAUGAAAAAAACUGUGACUUAUAGUCCGAAAAUUAUGGUACAAAAGUUAAACAAAGUAUUAGGACCUAGCAGCUACACAACAGCUUAGCACACAAUAGAACACAAGCUCGACAGUUGUAAUAAGUGUCCAUAACUUGGACAAUAUUGCAGUAUGAAACACCACAUUUGUCAAUUUAAAGAAGUGUCCAGUAAUUAUAGUCGCAUUUGACUACAUAUUCUUUAAGGCACAAGAUAAUUAGAAAAUAUCCAGUAACAAUUGCAACUGACUGUGUCACAAGUUUAACUUAAAGGGGUCCUAUUAUGCAAAACCAUUUUUUUUGCCUAUUGGUGCCUUUUUUGUGUAUUUAGGAUCCCAACAUGUCCCGAAACUUUGAAAUCAAACCGUGAAGGCAUGGCAGUGAUAUUUAUAAAACAAUCUUGCCUUUUUCCAAACUUGUUUUAAACAAGCCGUUUGGAAUUUGAGACGAUCGUGACGUAUUUUGCCUUAGCAGAUAGCUCCAUAUGUGGUUGAGUCUGCCGAUUUAAUUCAGUUGUAGUCCAAAGUUGUAGUCACUAAGUUUCUUAUUUUCUUCUUGUUGUGGAGCAGACUGGCUGGUACAUGCACAUGCAUGCGUAAAAUCCUCCGCUGUUGCCACUUCUAAUAAAAAAAUAGUGUAUGGUUCUAAGUUAUGUUUGUAGGCUUCUACUAUCUACAACAUGGCUGACGGGGUGGAGAUGCUGUCGUUAGAGCCUUGCCUUAAGGAGGGCUUUGGUACGUAAAUAAGACCACCCACAAGAGACGGUCAGAAAGUGACUGCAACACUGUCUUUAAAAUAUAAUCUAUGCAACAGUUUGACCAAAGAACCACCAUUACAUGUUAUGUAGAUUUCAAAGAAGUGUUUUAAAUGUGUAUAAAAAAAAAUCAUAAUAUAACCCCUUUAAUAAAUUAUUGUGGCCGCAAGGUGUCGUCAAAAAUAAUGAUCACUCCACUUCAAUUUAAAGACAAGGUAAGUUAAUUCCAGAACGUAUAUGAUAAAUAAGUUUGUGUUUUUCAUACCUACCAAUGUACUAAACUAAGUUCACUUGGUCAAACCUUUUCUAACAUUCCACACUACAAAAAACAAAAGUAUGUAUAAAUCCCGCUGACAUUGGAUCAAUAUCUGUAUCGGCCAAAAUACAAAGCUCCGACAUCGGUAUUGUACCAGAAGUGGAAAAAGUUGUAUUGGGACACCCGUGAAGUGAACUACAUUCCCCAAUCCCAUUAAAAUGUUCAUAUUGAGAAGAACAUAAAACCUAAACCUGUCUCAAGCCUUUCGUCUCUCUUCUACACUUUUACAGCUUUACAAACUACCACAAUGACUAUUAGAAGUGUCACCCUUGUAGCUUUCCUUUUUAACCGGCAUUGCUCUAAUGGGGGCUUGCUCCUAAAAAGCAUCUUAAACACAGUAUCUGAGGUGUGAUUUUGAAUAUGUAAUUGGGUUCUGUAAUUGGCAUGCCGUCCUGUUAAAUGGCCUUUGUAGCUAUAUUUCAAUAUCUAAAGUGGAGAUAUUUACCAUGUCAACUUUUACCAUAUCUUCUGAGAACUAGCGCCCACUGCACUGGACAUUUGUGUUUUGCAUUUUUCCCCAAAUGUGAAAAAAAUGGCACCAAAAAAUGUCAACUGCAAUGAAUGCUGGUUCUCAUGAGGAUAAUGAUGGAUGAAUUAUGACCUUGUUGGCUUCCGAAGGCCCAGCAUGCACAAAUUGCACCUGAGACUUGCCACAUAAAUGACCUUUGCUCUUGUGCAUAAAGCUAUGGUUUGGUCACAGAACUUUCUCUCCACUAAACUUUAUACUGAACAUUUGUUUCACUCCACUAGAACACAGCCCAAACAGUCAUAGACUGCUAGUGCAUACUACAUAUCAAUCCACAGAACAAAUACUAGCCAUCAUGGUAAUCAUGAAAUCCAAAGCCGUCACCUUUUUUUUGUAGUCUGGUGAUUCAUGAAUACAGCAUGAUAUUUGUUUACGAAAUAACUUCUCUGGGCAUCAUAGCUUAUACAGCGUCCUCCAGAAAAUUACUAGAAAUCGUAAACAUGACCACAAAUCAUGUUUCGUGCAGAAAGAACUGUUACUGCAAUUCUCUUGAAUGCUGAGGUCAUGAAUGGGGUUUCUCUCAAAUAAGGCGCGGGUUUGUUAAAUCAAAGAUCGAGAUGCUUUUGUCAAUGCAGCCCCAGAUGGACCUUGUCAGUUACCAGUUUCCCAUUCCCACCCUUCGCCCUGAAGCUGACUGGAGCCCAGAAACUCACAGAGAAGCCAGUUCUGUUAUCAGUAUAGCUUGAAAACCUACAUAAUAUUAUUCAGUUUGCACUAGAGCUUAGACGUCUCCCCUUCUGCACAAAAUGUUGAGCUCACUGAUAUUUCUUUCCAUCAAUAAUUGUCUCGAAGCAUAUGAUUGGUGGAACAGAACUGGACUCUGUGAUUCUGGCUUUGUGUUUCAGCCAGGGGGUCUGUUAAGCACUGAUGCAAAGAAUCUAUUGCAAAGAUGGAUCUAUGAAUAAUACAUUAUAAUAUUUAUCCCUGCUCUAACUGCCUAUUUUGGUACAAAAAUAAAGGUCUUUGUUGAGAUCGAA